AAGACUUCGACCAAUCAUAGCGCUAGUUUUAAACUCUUCAAAUAGGCUACAAGCGGAGAGCCGGGGAGCCGUCAAAACGAAAGUAACGAAAUUGGUUUUCAUCCCUCUCAGUCCAUCUUAAUACUGUGACUGGUUUUACAAGGGAACACCGUUUCAAAGAAGUUCCUGACGAAGUAUCAAGAUCAAUGGCCAUGCCUCCGCCCCUCUAAACUGCCUAAUCGUGCGUUUUGCACCGUGUGCAAUUAUGAUUUUGACGUUAGCCAUCAAGGAGCUACAGUCUGGUCCAGCCAUGCUCUUCAAAACCUUCUUGGUAAUCCUCCUCUACGUGUCAGGUGUUUUGGGCCUAAAUGGAUGGGGAGUGACUUACACCCCUGAGACAAUCUGUGGCUUAAAGGGGUCUUCAGUAGACAUGCGCUGCACUUACUCAUAUCCCACAUCUUACUCAGUGUGGGAAACAUUCUGGUUCAUUCACCAGAACCCUAUACCGGAGCUUGUUGACCUGUCCCUGGAUCCAGAGUACUCUGACCGUGUGGAGUACCUUGGGAAUCGUAACAAUGACUGCACUUUUAGAAUAAAACAACUGAUAGAAAGUGAUUCAAAAACAUAUCACUUCAGAUUCCUCACCUACCAUGCUGAUGGAGGAUAUUCUGGCCAACCUGGUGUCACAUUGGACGUUACAGCACUACAGGUGAUAAUGUAUCCUGGCACAGUAACAGAGGGACAGCGUGUAACACUGACCUGUAGCACCACCUGCACUCUGACUGGCCGCCCAGCCUUCACCUGGUACAGGGACGGAUCUCCUCUGUCCUUCACCACCCAGACACACCAGCUCACAGCCAGCAGUGAAGAUGGAGGCAGAUACUCCUGUGCUGUAAAAGGCUAUGAGGAUCUCCCCUCACCUGUAGUGGCUCUUACUGUGAACUAUCGUACUAACAGUGUCCUCACUGUAUCAGUGAGCCCCUCUGCUGAAAUAGAGGAGGGCAGUUCAGUGACUCUGACCUGCAGCAGCAAUGCCAACCUACAACUGCACGGGCCGAACUGGUAUAAGAUGAUUAGAAAUUAUCAUUCAUGGACAACUUCAGGAUGGACCUACACAAUUAGAAAUUUCAAUACCUGGGAGGCUGGAGAGUACUACUGUGAGGCGUGGCAUGAAUAUAGGACAUUUACAUCUCAUGUACAUCUCAAAUUGCUGUGUUUGAAGUUUAAAAUAACGCCCGACUCAGUGGCAGAGGGAGAAAUGGUGACACUGACCUGUGAAAACAACUGCCCUCGCAAUUACAGAAGCAGCAUUGAGUUCCGCAAAAACGGACAGCGUCUAUCUCACAAUAACCCAAAUUCAGAGUUCAGAGCCAGGAGUGAACAUGCAGGAAACUACUCCUGUGGUCAAAGCAAUAAUCUGCAUUUCUCUUCCAAUGUAGUGUUUCUCCGAGUGCAAUAUCCUCCUCAGGGCACCACAGUGUCAGUCUCUGGUGAAAUAGUGGAGGGCAGUUCAGUGACACUGACCUGCAGCAGCGAUGCCAACCCACCAGUGAACAGAUACACCUGGUUGAAGGGGAAUAGAACUGUAUCCUCAGAGACAGGAGGACCAGAGGCAAGCUACACCAUUAAACACACCACACAGCAGGAUGCUGGAGAGUACUACUGUGAGGCAGGGAAUUGGAUUGAGACACACAGAUCUCCUCCAAAACUUCUUGAUGUGCAGUAUUCUCCCAAGAACACCUCAGUAUCAGUGAGCCCCUCUGGUGAAAUAGUGGAGGGCAGUUCAGUGACUUUGACCUGCAGCAGCGAUGCCAACCCACCAGUGCAGAACUACACCUGGUUUAAGAAGAAUGAAACUGGAGUCUGGCAGGCAGGAUCAGUACAGAGUCUGACGCUUUCUAACUUUGAAUCCUGGAACAGUGGACACUACUGCUGUUUGUCACAGAACAAACAUGGAGCUCAGAACUCUACUGCUCUACUGGCCACAGCGCAAGGAGGUCAGACUGUGGCUGCAGCUGUGGCUGCAGCUGUGGGAGUCGGUGCCAUUGUGGCUCUUGUGUUUCUUGUUGUUGUCUGGGUGAGCAGGAGAAGAAAAUCAACAAGUGAGACAGUGCACACAGAAGGGGACAGGGAGGGGAAUAAAGGCCCCAUUUAUGGCAACGUCUCUGGGACGCCAAUGAGUCAUAACCAGGAAGAGCUUCUAUACUCCACUGUGUGCUGCCCUCAGAGUGAGGACGAGGUUCAGUACGCCAGCGUCCAGUUCCUCCCCUCCGAUGCUGGCCCCAGCAAACCACUGAGUGCAGAUCCACACUCUCAGCAGGAACAUUUUCAGUCUGGUCCAGCCAUGCUCUUCAAAACCGUAUUGGUAAUCCUCCUCCAUGUGUCAGGUGUUCUGGGCCGAAAUGGAUGGGGAGUGACUUACACUCCUGAGACAAUCUGUGGCUUAAAGGGGUCUUCAGUGGACCUGCACUGCAGUUACUUAUAUCCCACAUCUUACUCAGUGCAGAAAACAUUCUGGUUCAUUCACUGGGGAGCUUAUCAGGAGCCUUAUGACCUGUCCCUGGAUCCAGAGUACUCUGACCGUGUGGAGUACCUUGGGAAUCAUAACAAUGACUGCACUUUUAGAAUAAAACAACUGAGAGAAAGUGAUUCAAAAACAUAUCACUUCAGAUUCCUCACCUACAAUGCUGAUGGAAAAUAUACUGGCCAACCUGGUGUCACAUUGGACGUUACAGCUCUACAGGUGAUAAUGUAUCCUGGCACAGUAACAGAGGGACAGAGUGUAACACUGACCUGUAGCACCACCUGCACUCUGACUGGCCGGCCAGCCUUCACCUGGUACAGGGACGGAUCUCCUCUGUCCUUCACCACCCAGACACACCAGCUCACAGCCAGCAGUGAAGAUGGAGGCAGAUACUCCUGUGUUGUAAAAGGCUAUGGGCAUCUCCCCUCACCUGCAGUGGCUCUUAUUGUGAACUAUCGUCCUAACAGUGUCCUCACUGUAUCAGUGAGCCCCUCUGCUGAAAUAGAGGUGGGCAGUUCAGUGACUCUGACCUGCAGCAGCGAUGCCAACCUACGAGUGUACAGUUGGAAGUGGUAUAAGACUGGAAUAUCUGUGGUAUAUCCUACAAGGAAAUCUUCAACACGAUCCUACACAAUUGAACAUUUCGAAACCACAGAGGCUGGAGAGUACUACUGUGAGGCGUGGCAUGGAUAUAGGACAUUUAUAUCUCCUCAUGUACAUCUCAAAUUGCUGUGUUUGAAGUUUAAAAUAACACCCGACUCAGUGGCAGAGGGAGAAAUGGUGACACUGACCUGUGAAAACAACUGCCCUUACAGUUACGGAAGAAGCAUUGAGUUCCGCAAAAACGGACAACGUCUAUCUAACCAUAACCCAAACAAGUUCAGAGCCAGGAGUGAACAUGCAGGAAACUACUCCUGUGGUCAAAGCAAUAAUCAGCAUUUCUCUUCCAAUGUGGUGUUUCUCCGAGUGCAAUAUCCUCCUCAGGGCACCACAGUGUCAGUCUCUGGUGAAAUAGUGGAGGGCAGUUCAGUGACACUGACCUGCAGCAGCGAUGCCAACCCACCAGUGAACAGAUACACCUGGUUGAAGGGGAAUAGAACUGUAUCCUCAGAGACAGGAGGACCAGAGGCCAGCUACACCAUUAAACACAUCACACAGCAGGAUGCUGGAGAGUACUACUGUGAGGCAGGGAAUUGGAUUGAGACACACAGAUCUCCUCCAAAAUUUCUCGAUGUGCAGUAUUCUCCCAAGAAUACCACAGCAUCAGUGAGUCCCUCUGGUGAAAUGGUGGAAGGCAGUUCAGUGAAUCUGACCUGCAGCAGCGAUGCCAACCCACCAGUGCAGAACUACACCUGGUUUAAGAAGAAUGAAACUGGAGUCUGGCAGUCAGGAUCAGGACAGAGUCUGAACUUUCCCUAUCUUCAAUCCUGGAACAGUGGAUGGUACUACUGUGUGUCAGAGAACAGGCAUGGAGCUAAGAACGCCACUGCUGUGACUCUGAAGGUUUACUAUGCUCCUAAGAACACCUCAGUAUCAGUGAGCCCCUCUGGUGAAAUAAUGGAGGGCAUUUCAGUGACUCUGACCUGCAGCAGCGAUGCCAACCCACCAGUGCAGAACUACACCUGGUUUAAAAAGAAUAGAACUGUAUCCUCAUGGAGAAAAUCUGGAUUGUAUCACACCAUAACUAACAUUCUCUCUCAGGAUAGUGGACAGUACUACUGUGAGGUGCAGAACCAGUUUGGAACUCAGAACUCUACUACUGAGACCAUAAACGUUCAGUAUCCUCCCAAGAACACCUCAGUAUCAGUGAGCCCCUCUGGUGAAAUAGUGGAGGGCAGUUCAGUGACUCUGACCUGCAGCAGCGAUGCCAACCCACCAGUGCCAAACUACACCUGGUUUAAGAAGAAUGAAACUGGAGUCUGGCAGGCAGGAUCAGGACAGAGUCUGAACAUUUCUAACUUUAGAUCCUGGAACAGUGGACACUACUACUGUGUGUCAGAGAACAAACAUGGACCUCAGAACUCUACUGCUCUACUGGCCACAGUGCAAGGAGGUCAGACUGUGGCUGUGGCUGCAGCUGUGGGAGUCGGUGCCAUUGUGGCUCUUGUGUUUCUUGGUGUUGUCUGGGUGAGCAGGAGAAGAAAAUCAACAAAUGAGACAGUGCACACAGAAGGGGACAUGGAGGAAAAUAAAUGCCCCAUUUAUAGCAACAUCACAGGGACACCAAUGAGUCACACUGAAACCCUGGGUACAGACAGAGGAAAUGGUGAAGUUCCCCUCUACUCCUCUGUACAACCUGCUAACACACAUAACCAAGAAGAGCUUCUAUACUCCACUGUUCAAGGGUGGCCCCCCCAGUGUGAGGACGAUGUUCAGUACGCCAGCAUUCAGUUCCCCCAAUCUGCUGCUGCCUCCAGAUCAAAAGUACAAAGAGCAGAGGAUCCAUGUAUUAUCUACAGCACAGUUUCCAAUCGUAAUACCUGAAAAACAAUGUCCUCUUCACUGUUGCUGUGCGUGUGCAGUGCAGUAACUGAAGUUCCUUAAGGAAAAAUCUUCCUAACUUAUCUACCUAGGAGACAUAACUAAUAAUUUAUUUUUCCUAAACUAUAACAGGUGUAAUCUAUUCUUUGUUGUUAUGCAAUUUAAAGAUGGUAAACUCGCUACUGGUCAUUUUCUGACACAGAAACCUUCAGUUCCAAUGCAGGCUCUCUCAGCCCUUUUUUUAUCAAUCUCUUAGACUGCUGCUGAGGACCUGACAGGAUGUUUGAUGAUGCAAGCAGGAUAGUUAUUUCUGGUUGCACUGGUAUUGGUUCUAAGAUUUUAUUCAUCACACAAAAAAAAAUUGGGGAAAGCCCCAAUGCGCUUCAAGCCAGUUAAAUAUAAGAAAACUAAAAUGUACUCAGCAGCCUGGACAAUGAAGCUUGUAUGGACUCCUUACCCAGACAACUUCACAGGAACUAGCCCCAAAUACUGUAAGCAAUGCUGGAUCACAUGGGAAGCUGCUUAAUGAAAUGGGGAAUAGACUAAAAAAAGAAAGACUCUGAGGAGGACAUAGAAAAGUAUCUUCCGUUGUUUCAUUAAACAGUGUGUUUUGCUCUGAGCAUCCUGUGUGUUCUCGUGUUCCUUGUUUCGGGCAAGUCCCUGUGAAGUAUUCCGGGUAAGGGACCUUCCUCAUUUUCUGAAGUUGCCCUUGUUCCAGUAAUCUACACGUUCCAAUAGGCCCACUGCACUUUGUAAGUCACUCUGGACAAUAAUUCCUGAAUUCCUGAAUGAAUUCCAUGUCAAGAGGCUAGCAGCUUGCUGUCAGAACUGUUCAAAUGUCAACAGUUGACUAAUUUCUCAGCAAUUUCUCAGACUUGAUUGAAGUUACUAUAACCUUGUCUCCUUUGUUAUUGUAUAUAACGAACUGUAUGUAAUAACUUUUUGUUUCUUUCCUCUA